UUCAUCUCAUUUCCAAUAGCAAGUCUUCUAGCAGAAGUCGUCAUUGGUCGAUACAAACUUACAAGUGAAGUCAGUAUGGUGAUGUCACUGCUGCCAGUCCUGCUGCUCUCUGUGGGACUCAUUUUGGACUUUCAUUUCCACCACAAACUGGUGAAAGAGCCAGUGACUGUCAAUCCAGUGAGUCUUAUUUUCAAAGUCUUGAAAUAUGCAGCAAAGCACAAGUAUCCAGUUCAGAGAAGUGCCUUCACAUAC